CAGCUGAUAACAUAUGACGUUGACAGUCCAAAGGGUAUCCGCGAAUACAUAAUUCCGACUUCCGACCGAAUUCCAACAAUCCCUGUGGUCACAUGCAGAGUGAAUCCGGCACAAAGUAGGUCCUCCGAGAGACCACUUUUUAGUUUUUCUUAGUUAUAUCCUUCCGUGAUUGUUAUAAACUAUUUUAUACCAAAGCAAACAACGAGUACGAUUACAAUAUAGCCGGCAGGAUUCAACAAAUUAUCGGUUUAAUAAAAUUAUACCAAAAUGAGUAACCAAAAAACUGUGCCAAACGGUAUCAAGUUCCUCAUUGGUGGCACUUCUGGAAUGGCAGCAACCUGCUUUGUACAACCAUUAGAUUUAAUAAAAAAUCGCAUGCAGUUAAGUGGUACAAAGACAUCAACGUUGAACGUUACAUCAGCGAUUCUCAAAAAUGAAGGUGUUUUGGCAUUAUACUCAGGCUUGUCUGCUGGCUUGAUGCGACAAGCCACAUAUACGACCACUAGGCUUGGCAUAUAUACUUGGCUUAUAGAACUUACCUCAAAAGAUUCCCAACCAAGUUUUCUCGUAAAGGCUCUACUUGGUAUGACAGCUGGUUGUGUAGGAGCAUUUGUAGGUACACCUGCUGAAGUAGCUUUAAUUAGAAUGACAGCAGAUGGCAGACUGCCCAUUGCUGAUAGGCGCAAUUAUAAAAAUGUGUUCGAUGCAUUAUUCCGUAUAAUUAGAGAAGAAGGUCUCUUUACAUUAUGGCGCGGUGCCAUUCCCACUAUGGGACGCGCUAUGGUUGUAAAUGCGGCACAGUUAGCGUCAUACUCUCAGGCAAAGCAGGCAUUACUAGAUACAGGAUAUUUUGAAGAAAAUAUUUUACUGCACUUUGCCAGUUCUAUGAUUUCCGGUUUAGUUACCACUGCUGCCUCUAUGCCUGUGGAUAUAGCUAAAACGAGAAUCCAAAACAUGAAAACAAUAAAUGGUAAACCAGAAUUUACGGGCGCGAUUGAUGUCUUAACUAAAGUUAUAAGAAACGAAGGAUUGUUUGCAUUGUGGAAAGGAUUCUUCCCGUAUUACGCACGUUUGGGACCGCACACGGUCCUGACAUUCAUUUUCCUGGAACAAAUGACCGCCUCUUAUAAAACAUAUCUGGCAUAAUAACAGUUUGCUAAGAACUCUCAUUAAUGAUCGGGUAAUUCAGAUGUCUUGUUUUAUACUAUUUAUCGCGUUCAUUUUUGAGAACUUUAUUUUUGUAAUAAGCCAUUUUUGUAGCAUGUUUACCAUCAAAGAUUAUUGUGCACAGUUACAAUAUAUCACCACUCUGUACAUACACAUGGACUGAAAUGUUCGUGCGCAACUUUGUAUUAAUUCAUAAUACAAAGUUUUGCAUUUGAAGUUCGCUAAGAGAAUCCGCAUGGACUUUUCAGCCAAAUCAUUAUCUAGAAUUUUCAGUUUAUGACACAAUAAGUAUUACAAUACACGUACGUAUGCGUAUAUACUUUGCAAGCUUUUACUUCUGAGGGACAUUUUACGUUAUAAUCGAAACAAAACCACAUUUAUAUAUUAUUGUGUAUUGUUAUUGAUAUUUUCCAUUGCAAUAUAUAUAAGUAAAUUGUGUUUCUAUGCUUUGGAAUUACAGCUAUAGCAAUUUACUAUGCAACGUAUCAAGGUAUUUUAUUGUUAACUUGUAGAGAGUUUACAUGUUACAAGUACUAAGGUACAGCUCGUCUGAUACGGACUCUAGUCUCGUAUAUAUGUAUGUCAUUUUAAUUAAUUUUAUGUAUUGUUAUUUCCGAUAUUGAUCGGAUUUUUAUUUUAUUGAUACACUUCCGAUAUUGCGCCAUCUUUUCUUUUUGCUCAUAUGACGUAUGUUGCUAUUAUUAGCUAUUAUUAAUAGUAAAAAUUGUAUGAAUAUGUCCAAGUAAUGUAAUAUUAAUAGAAAAUGUGUCAUCAAAAA